ACACAGUGGUGUGAAUUCACCCAGGUUUCCCCCCCUGCAGCCCCGGACCGUCCGCAGCUCCACGGCGCGCGCUCUGCUGACUCCGCACAAGGAAAUCACCAGGGAAGUGUAAAGAAGGCGUUUUUUUUCUCUCUCUCUUCCCUCUUUCCCGUUUUUCAUCAAGGUAGGACAAGCAGCAACAGCCCAGCUCCUGCUUGUCUGUGAGAUUCUUGCUUAAUUUCCUCACUUUGCGGCUUUCAGGCGACAGAAGCGCAGCGCUCCUCUCCGGGACACCGACGCGUAACCAGCCGACGCGCCAAGCGCAGCGACUCUGCGAUCCUCCAGGAUAAAAAAACAAAACAAAACCCCUCAGAAAAAAAUCAAAACAAAACACUUGACAUCAUUCUUAACGGUUAAUCAAAGCUGCCAGAGAGUCAGAGUUUGAGAAUCCUGAUAUCAGAGGGAGCAGGAGCGGAAAAGUUCCCCCACUUGAGGGCGAAAUCUGACUUUUUCCAGGACGACCAAGUCCCGAAAAGUUCCAGGAGCCCCGAGAUCUGUCCGGUACAACAUGCAGCAAUGUCCAAGGAGGCAGAGUUGGAUGUGAGAAGCAGCGAGCCUGACACGGUCCCCGCAGAGCCCAGCAGAGCCCCGGAGUCACCCCCUCCGGCUCAGGUUAACGAAGCCACCGUCGGUGUGAGGAUCCCCUCCAGAAGUCAGAGUCACCUCAGCAGCAUCGGAGGCAGUGGUGGUGGUCUGGGUGGUGUUAGCAUUGUUAGCAGCAGCAGGAACGCUGAGGGAGCAGGCGAGAGCUCCAUGCAGUUCAGCACCAGACCGCCUAGUGCUGAGCAGCCGGGCUUCAUGGGGACAUGGCAGCAGCAGAGCACUGACAGCAACCUCCUCUACAGAAUGUCCCAGCAGGGUGCAGUAACGCGGCUUCCUUUGAAGGGCGACAGGUCGACAAUGGGCCGAGACCUGGAAGAGGCCAUUCGGUGCACACUGGUGAACUGCACAUGCGAGUGUUUCCAGCCUGGAAAGAUUCACCUACGGACAUGUGACCAGUGCAAGCAUGGCUGGGUAGCUCAUGCUCUAGACAAGCUCAGCACCCAGCACCUCUACCACCCGACCCAGGUGGAGAUCGUCCAGUCCAACGUGGUGUUUGACAUCAGCAGCUUGAUGCUGUACGGCACCCAGGCGGUCCCCGUCAGGCUCAAGAUCCUGCUGGACCGCCUCUUCUCCGUGCUCAAGCAGGAAGAGGUGCUGCACAUCCUGCACGGUCUGGGCUGGACCCUCAGAGACUACGUCAGGGGCUACAUACUGCAGGAUGCUGCAGGCAAGGUUUUGGACCGCUGGACCAUCAUGUCCCGUGAAGAAGAGAUCAUCACCCUGCAGCAGUUUCUGCGCUUUGGUGAGACCAAGUCCAUCGUAGAGCUGAUGGCUAUUCAGGAGAAAGAAGGUCAGGCAGUUACAGUUCCCUCGUCAAAGACAGACUCUGGGAUAAGGACAUUCAUCGAAAGUAAUAACAGAACCCGCAGCCCAGGGCUCUUAACACAUCUGGAAAACAGCAGCCCCUCCAGCAUUCAUCAUUUUGAGAAUAUCCCCAACAGCUUAGCCUUCCUUCUACCAUUCCAGUAUAUCAACCCAGUUUCUGCUCCCAUGCUUGGCUUGCCCCCUAAUGGCCUCCCAAUGGAGCAGUCUGCCCUUCGGCUUCGGGAGCCCAACCUUCCAAACCAGGGAGAUCAUGUGGAGACUAGUGAAUCAGAGGUGUCACUGUCACCUUUCCGCACCGGUCAGAGUCCUAGUCGUGGAGUACUGGGAGCCAUUAACAACACUGAACCCAAGACAGAACCCAACAGCUGUGCAUCACCCAUCUCCCCGACACCAUCCACCCAGCAAGCUCAGCAGCAAACAUCGCUCCAGCAGCCACAGCAACCGCAGCAAGGCCAACAACAGUCCCAAAAUCAGUCCCAACAACCCAACAGUUUGAGCGAACAUCAGGUGCAUCACCACUUUGUUAAGGAUGAGCCCUCUAAAACCAUCAGCCACCCUUCUUUCUCCUCGAAGAUGCAUCGUAUACGCCGCAUGGGAGCUACCUCACGCAAAGGCCGUGUGUGUUGCAAUGCAUGUGGAAAGACCUUUUAUGAUAAAGGCACGCUUAAGAUACACUAUAAUGCUGUACACUUGAAGAUUAAGCACCGUUGCACCAUAGAGGGAUGCAAUAUGGUCUUUAGCUCACUGCGCAGUCGGAACCGCCACAGUGCCAAUCCCAAUCCAAGGUUGCACAUGCCUAUGCUGCGCAAUAACCGUGACAAGGACCUUAUUCGUGCCAAUUCUACCACAGGUACACCUGUCAUAUCAAGCAGCAAGAAUGGUGGCUUUACACUCACCAGCCCUGGAAGGCCACCACUUGGCUUCACUACUCCCCCAGUAGACCCUAUGCUUCAGUCUCCGCUGCAGAGUCCCCUAGUGUUUCCGUCACUGAAGUCAGUGCAGCCAGUCCAACCAGUGCCACCAUUCUACCGAACACUUGUGUCUCCGGCAGACCUCGUCAGCCCUCCAGUGUCACUGCCAACGAGCCCCAUAAUGCCCACCACUACUAACAGCACUACCCUAAUGGACCAGCAACAGCAGAUCUUGGCCGCUGUUGUCUCACAUAAUAAUGUUCAUAUGUCAGAAGCAAGUUCGAUGUCCCAUCGGCUUCACUCUGGUACCAGUCAGGACCUCACUACAAACAGUGACCCCACACCUAAAAAGAAACCCCGUAAAUCUAGCAUGCCAGUUAAGAUUGAGAAGGAAGUGAUUGAUGUUGCAGAUGAUUUUGAGGACAAAGAUGAAGAUGAUGAUGACAGCAUCCACCACAAUCACCAGUCGAGUCUUCUUCACAACAACAUCAAGAUCAACGGCAACUGCAACAACAAUGGUGCAAGUGGCCCUGGACACCACAGCGGUGGCAGUGGCCAGCAAUCCCCCUCCCAGGAUGAGAUGAGCCCUGGCUUAGCCCUUAGAGGUAUGAUGAGGCAAAGUGAGGAUGAAUGUAGGGAGGGAACUGGUAGUGACAGCAGAGGGGGUGCUUCAGAGCUGCGUUGUAUGGACAGCUUUACCUCGGAAGACCAGGAUCAUGAAAGAGACUUUGAGAAUGAGUCUGAAACAUCAGAUUCCAAGAUGUUCUACCGAGAUGAUCUGAUGGACGGGGAAGAACAUCAGAAGCACACUAGGGGAGGAAGGGGUCUGGACAAGGAGCAUGAAAACGAGGCACACGAGGAAGAACACUUGAGGAAAGACAUAGAGGGAAACGGUCAUUCUUCACCAUCACCUCACCAGCCUCCAAUCAAGAUUAAAGAAGAACUCAAUGAUCCGACAUAUGACAUGUUUUGCAUGAGCCAGUAUGGCCUCUAUAACGGGGGCAUGGCAGCAGCAGCUGCUGCCGCCGCAAGCAUGGCUGCUCUACACGAGAGCUUCAUUUCUUCAAUGGGAUACGGUGCCAGCCCACCCAAAUUCCCUACAUCUCAGUCGCCUGAAGGAGACCCAUGUUCCAGCCCAGACCCCAAGAUCUGCUAUGUAUGUAAGAAGAGCUUCAAGAGCUCCUAUAGCAUGAAACUGCACUACAAGAAUGUGCACCUGAAAGAGAUGCAUGUGUGUACUGUGGCAGGCUGCAACGCUGCUUUCCCAUCCCGACGGAGCAGAGACAGGCACAGCUCGAACAUCAACCUGCACCGCAAACUGCUGACCAAAGAGCUGGACGACAUUGUCCUCGACCCUCAACUCACGCCACUGCCCAAGGACCUGCGAGCAGAGUUUCUGGCCAAGCUCUACAGCGGACAUCACAUGGGUUUGGACCCGAUGGCCAGGAUGGGUUUCCGGGGCGCCGGCCUCGGGCUCCCAGGUCUGAACCAUAAUUCCCUCUCCCACAUGAGCAACGAAUAUCCCCGUCAUCCUUUUCACCACGACCUUAGAAACCAUCACUCCAACGGCCUGUUCCGGGGCCAGCCGGACGACUACAUGGUGCUGGACCUGAGCACCACCUCUAGUGUUCAGUCCAGCAGCAGCAUCCACUCCUCACGUGAGUCAGAAGACGGCAGCGACGAAGGCAUCCUGUUGGAUGACCUCGAAGAGGAGGGAGAAGAGGAUGAGGAGGAUGGCAACAGUGAGGGAGAGGACCUCUCCCGGCGUGGAGAGAGGCGAGCUGAAGGGGGACAUCGGGAUGAGACUGGAGAAUUCAAAGAAGGACCAGAUGAGGGCUUGGACUCUACCUCAUCGACAUUCCUUCUAUCAUCCACUGGGGGCAGUAAUGGCAGCAGCGGUGGGAUCCUCUGUAACAUCUGCCACAAAGUAUACAGCAACAAAGGGACCCUGCGCGUGCACUAUAAGACUGUGCACCUACGCGAGAUGCACAAGUGCAAAAUCCCCGGCUGCAACAUGGUGUUCAGCUCCGUGCGAAGCCGGAACCGACACUCUCAGAACCCAAACCUCCAUAAAAACAUGCCCUUCUCUACGAUAUUAGACUAAACCAAGACUUCUCAGACCUCCCGUCUCCUCCGUUUCCUCAUCCUUGUCUCCUGCCCCGUCCUUUGUAAGUCACUCCAUGUAAAAAAAAAACAAAAAAAACAAUUGACUCUAGAUGAAGUUUAUCAUUGUGUCUUUUGACUUUUCCUUCUUUGGAAGAAAAGGCUGAUGCCAACAGGCACGAAGUUUGCUUCAAAAUGAAAACUCUAGGUAAUUUUACUCAUUAGGCCCUCCACCUUUUUUUUUUCUAUCUUCAACUCUCUUUGUGUUUACGUCCAUGUCCAAAGAAUCUGUUAAAACUCUUUAUUUGUGACUUGCCUGCGGAAACAAUAGUACUAAAAAAAAAGAGAGAAAAACUUCUUGUUGUAUUUGUGUAACAAUAACUUUUAAAUGGACCCCUUACAAAAGCAUGACAGCUCCAUUUGUAAAUAAUGUCCCCAGAGGCUUUUUUUUGUUUUGUUUUUUGUUGUGUUGAUGGUUGUUUGCCUACUUUUCCUCUCUUUAUUGGAUUUAUGUUACAGUACAGUACAAUACUUCCAUCUAUAGGCAAGAAAGAGGUAGCAUCCUUCAAGUGUGACUCAUUUAUGUUCAAUUUUAACUGAUUCACGGGGAAAAAAGAAAAAAACAAGAUCAUGUGAAUUGUAUCAACUGCUUGUUAGAUGUUCGGAGGUUACCGGCAUGCUUUUUAUUUUAAGCUCUUACACUGAUUUCAUUCUCCGUAUUUUAUGUUUUUUCUUUUUUUUUCUUUUUUUGCUUUACUAAUCCAUUUCAGUUUUUGCACUUUGCAUCUAUAAAAGGGGGAUGUGUAAUAUUGUUAUAAGGAUAUCUGCAAUGUUGGAUUUGGGUGAUCGGGGAGGGUGAGCGGUGGCUUCAUUGCUGAGAGAAGCAAACUUUUUCUUUUUGCAUGUGCUCAGUUUCAAAGCCUCUAAUUGAAAACCAAAAAUAUUUCUUUAUUCCUCCAUCACGUAUUCUAAGAAAAUCCAGAUCUUAACUAAAUUGUUUGUCCUUUUAACUAAAACGGAGUUAACUGGAAGGGGUUGGUAUCUUGUUUGAGAACUAAUUGAUGUUUGUCUUAGUGAAGGCAUCUUUAAAAAUAUGAGCACUUCACGGGUUUAAUACAGAGAUGAAUCCCUCCUCAACUGUGACCAAAAUGCAUGAGUUUCCUUAAAAAAAAACCCAUCAGCAUUGUCUCUGAAUCUUGAACCAAUAUAACCAAUAUGAUGCACUUGAGUCUUAAAACAUCAACUGUGAUUUUCUGCUGCAGGUUUUCACUGCUGAACUCCACCCUCACAUAUAUUUUGCCAAAUUUCUUGCAAUUUUCCCUCUUUUGGUUGCAAAGAAUCACUCACGGUACACAUGUUUUUAUUGAUUAGAGAAGUAGCCGAGGGAAAGGGUAUUUAUUAGUGGGUGAUGUAUCUUCACAAAAAUGUUCUCGUCCAGUAAAAGGAUUUUUUUUUUUAAAUAAAAAGACAAAAAAGACUCAUAUGUCUUUUUACUCUACAAGAUCCAUUCUUAGUGGACUGGUGCUACACACAGCAGUGGGAAAUACGCAGCCUUAUGCAGUAGAGUAUUAACACCUUACAUCCAUAACAGUGUUGAAUUCCACUUUUCUACACUUUAGCCAUCCUGCUGCACAGACAUAACCGCUUCCAGUGAAAUAUCUCCUGUUUUUUUGAAGACUCCACCUACAGGACACAUGUGGUCUUUCUGAGCCCUCUUUUCUCUGAGAUAAAGAGGAGCUGAGGAUGAUGGAAAGGCUGCGGAGGUGGAAGGCUGACUAGGGAGGAAAGGAUGACAGCAGCGAUCAUUAAAAAUGUGCUGCUUCCCUGUUACCUGGAGGCAUCCCGCCAUUCCAGCUUCCUCUGUCUAAUAACUCACUUGUCACUUUGUUACACUGCCAGACGUCAAGGUUGCUGACAAGACUGUGACACUGACAGAAGGAGAAAAGCCAGGGAAGAGAGUGCCCGCCAAACAAUUUAAUUCCGCGCCGUCAAUUAAGUGGAAUUCAGUUCAUCUCUUCAUUUUCUGUACGCUUACUCUCCUUUAGGGUCUGUAUUAAUUUAUUUCAGUUCUUUUCCCUUUUUUUUUUCCUUCCCCUUUGUCCGUCAGAGCAGUCAUUUAACUACCUUUGUACCCAUUUCUUCAUCCUGCUACUCACUUACCACCUCCACAUGCUGCAAUGCAAAUCCUACAGGGACACACGCUAAUAGUGUAUGCUUAAGUUCACCGGACGGCCAUGGCAUAGCAAAAAGGGAUGGGUAAUUGCCUGUUUAUCCCAAGUGAAGGGAAAAUUAAGUACAGGAACCUCUGCCUUCUCCCAGGAGUGAGCUUCAGUGAGGCUAGCUGCCUCGUUCACUCAUCGGAUCCCUUCGGCCUUCACUCCAGCUGAAAUAGAGAAAGUGCCUCUGCAGGAACCCUGCUGACAGCUGUCUCUUCAGCACAGAAACACUCGGAUAGGCAGACGUGCAGAAGAACGACCGUCCCUAGACAAUAUGCUAAACUGUAGUUGGAGGAAAGACAAAUGUUCUCGUCAUUGUUUUCAGUAAUAAUGUCACUUUGAAAAGCUGAGUUUCCAUCACAGAAAAGCAGCAAAGCCAGAAAUAAAUCAGUCAUAAAAACAGGAUAGGAAAUGUUUUACCUUCAAACCUUUAUAAAGUGUUUCACGCUCACAUUUUUCCUCUAAAGAGAAAAAUCAAUAUUUUCCGAGGAUUUUUGAAGUGAGGUUUUACAGUCCCCUGCUAAGCCAACUUUAAAACGCCAAAAAAGAGUUUAAAGGGGUACAGUUCAUGUUAAACCAAAUGUAGUAGUUUAGAUUUCUAACUCUAAAUCAUCGGAUCAGCUCCAAGCAUUUGCAGAAAUACUCCUUUGAUUAGUAAAACACUAAUGCUAAUGUUAGCAUCAUUAGCAGCUAACGGUUAGAGAGUCGCAGUAUUUCCCAGCCUUCAAAUUCUUCGACCGAAGUCUCUGCUCACUUUAUUUGAUUCAGAUAUCCAAAAAGCAGCUUUACAGUUUAGAGGUAACCAUGUGCUGAUCCGGAGGGAGCUGCCGCCAUUAAUAGCUACAUCAGGAUAAAGCCGUUAGUGCACUGUACGAUUUUUUGCCCUUUUUGGGCCGACUAUCCAGUCGUGUGAGAAUUUUUCAAUCGGGCCGACUUUCAGCCUGAUCUUGCCACAUGUACAGUACAGGGGGGUAACGAGAGGCGAUCAGCCUCUCAAUGACCUCCAGAUCAAGAAUCGUAAGGUGUUUGAAAUUCAGUUGGCCGUCGUAAGGUGGUCGUGGACAAAUCACUCAGUGCGCAAACGAGGAUUCUUCCUCUUACUGGUAGAUGAAAACACAGAAGCAUGGCGGGAUGCAAGUCAAAUUGAGUUCUUUCUGUAAAAUUGACCGACCGUAGUAGUUACAUUUGCUCAGCCAUGUACUUUUUCCAAAUGCGUCGCCGCCUUUUUUUUUUAGGGCUUUCAGCACAAAAUCGCACAAAUUGCCAAAAGCAGCACGUUUUAAUCUAGUGAGCUUCAUAUUACUCUUCUACGCGAUUGGCUUCUGCAUAGAUGAGUCCAAGUAGCGCCAUCUCACUCGUCAUGGUUGAGUACGACGUAGUUUUUAGAUGUCCAGUGUGAGCAGGUAGAUCGCAUCAGAGCAUCGCACAGUGUGAGAUCAAACAUCCUGAGCUGUGAACUUUUAAACCCUGCAGUUUUGUCGUACAGUUUGAGCUGUAGCUGUUCGCAAUUUUUUCAAUCGUACAGUGUAUGCCUGGCUUUAGAUUCUUAUACUUGCAGAAAUCACAUCGGCCUAAAUAGACACUUUAAAAUGUAAGGCUAGUAAUAGAAUCACCUGUUUAGUCACAAAUGUUCAGUUUCGAUUAUUAUUUCGUAUUGUGACAUCUAGUUAUCUCUCUUAACCUCGUAUUGUUUAAAUCUAAAUUGGCUUGGAUCAACUAAAAGCUAACACAACACACUUUUUCAAAGUGUCGAUAAACAUUCUCCAACCUACUUAAACACCGUUUAAUGGAGGGCUGAUGCGUUGUUGUGUGCAGCAUGUUAUUUCUGGACGUGAUGCUUUUGAUGCAACCGUGCAAAAAAACAAGUCUGGUUUCUUGCCUUUUCUCAUUGCACAUUAGCAUCACUCAUUACUCUUUAAGGGUUUCCCAAUACUGUACCAAUAUUUCAAACUCAAUAUUAAUAACCAGGAAAUUAUUUGAUACCCUUUACUAUUUUUUGAUUCCAUGGGGAUAAAAAAAUAAAUUAUUUAAGGUAUUGAAAAAUACAUUUUAAUAACAUGGAAAAAAAAAAAAACUUUUUAAAUCUCCAUAUAUAGAACGCUUUCUUAAGAAAUUCAUAGAUGUUGGUUAAAUAAGUGUACAAAUAAAUGCAAAGUUAAUUCCCCAAAAUAUGACUAAACCCAAAGGUUUGUUGAGGCAUUAUUCUUUUAAUAUGCAAAUAAACCCUGAAUCUGAAAUUGAUGAUAGCAAAAAUCACUUGUCUUUAAUAUCGAUACUUUUCCGAAUUAGGAUUGGAUUGAGAUAUGGCAUGUGGUUAUAAAACUUGAUAUUUUUGAAAAUAGUGAUGCUCAUUUAUUAAAAAUAAAAAGCUGCUUUACUGAAGACUGUUCCAAAGCAGACUUUUUCUCAUUUAGUGUCUGACAACUCAUAUAAUCAAAUCCAGCAACAGGAGGGACCUUAAAUAAUUUUAAAAGGAUUCUGAACUUCUUUUUUUGUAAAAUAUACUGUCCAGAAGUAGCUCUUUUUUGCCACUUUGAGUAUCAAAACCAUAUUCUCUCUUCAUUUUGAACUAAAACGCUUCACAGGUUUCAUUCUUUGGAAGCAUUUAUCCCUAAAGGAUUGCAUUUUUUUUCUCUUGAUACAUGUGAAGACAGUUAAAAAGCCUAAAAAAAUGACAUCCUCACAAUAUGCUGUGACAUUUUUUUGGAGCAGGCCUCACUCUGAUUAGCUGCUACCAUCAGCCUCCAGGACAAACUAAUCAGGGCUUUUACAAAAUGCGGCCGCUAAGAGAUUUUUUCAUUUUUUUUUCUGAUUUAAAAUGCUUUAAGAUUUUGACAGACCCUCGGCUCUAAUGAUCCUCCGAGAUUAAACUGUGAUCAACCAAUGAUCUCAUCUGCAGUGUCACAUGUGCUCAUGUUUGACAUUGUCUUUUUCUGAUGGAAACUCACCUUUAUGAGCAUUAAGCUAAAAAACAGGAUGUUGCAGGCGAAGUUCUUCACAAUAUACAAUGCAACUUUUGGUGUUUGAGAUCAAAACCAGCAAUUUAAACAUAUCUAAAAGCAAAAGAACAGUUAUGAGGCAUUUGAUAGGCGGAGAGAAAAACCUGUAGAAAGAGUCUUGGAGCUGUCAUCUCAUUCAGGGGAAACAGAGCGGUACACAGGCUGUGGUGGGAGCAGCGCCACCUUUCCCCCAACACUCUCAGCUUCCCAUUCCCUAAAACAUUUUCUUUCUUAGCUUGGAAAAUCCAUCUAGCUGGUGACAGUCCGUUUUACUUGGUCAGCCUGAACCACUUGAAUAAAACGUAAAUAUUCUAUCAGUGCAGCAUCACCCAUCAAUUAUUUCAUUAUUCCUCAUCAGGCAGGGAGAUGGGGAAUAGAUAAGAAGGCUGACUUGAUGAUUGCUGCCCAUUUCCUUCAUGUUGCAGUUAAUAUCAGAGAAGAGGAUGUUGGAUGGCCGUUAAUGUAGCUCCAGGAUCAAAGUGAGGUGAUGUUUAACAGGACAUCAUUAGGCUAGUGGAGUUAAAGGAAAAACACAAUUUCUGUUUGUACAGAUUGGAAUUCCCUUAAUUACUUUCAACUGGAAAAUACUGUAAAUUAAAAAAAAAAAAGUUUCCGUUGAAUUUUCAGACAUUUUUUUAACAGUCUUAAAGUAUAAAUAGUUGAAAGAGCUGGUGAAAUUAGAUUUUUUUCCCCCUUUUUUUUUUUAUUAACUUGUGUUUUUGAGUACCCGAUGCAUUAGUGUCUGUGUUUAAAAAAAGGCUGUGUUACAGCACACGACAGCAUUGCAUGGCUUCAUCGUCGCACUACAAAAAAAACUGACGAAAUCAGAGAGCAAAGGAUCCUGCAUCACUUUGCCGUUAAAAUGGUGACUUUGGAAGCUUCAUUGAUACUGUAUGUUACCUAAAGAGGUGUUCCCCAUGUGCAGACAGAAGGAAAAAAAAUAUUCUUUUCAAAGAGACUUUUUUUUUUUCUUUACUUUUAGCCUUUUCUUGUAUUUGUUUCUGUACCAUAACUGUCAAUGUUUUUCUUUUUUUUGUGCAUAAAAUGCAUAAGGGUUUUGGGGUGUAAAUGGAAUUUUAUUCAUAUUUUGUCCAAAUACCUCUUGUAAUUUGUAUCAGAAUUCUUGUACAAUUUUUAUAUUAAAGAUUUAUCAGUCACUGGCA